AUGGAGAAAUUAAUAAGUAGUAAAUGUCAAAACUUCAAAACAAUGUAUUACGAUUUGUAUUGGAAGUGUCAAUUCCACUUUAGUUGGUUUGUUAAAGAAGAUUACACUGAUAAGAUGGAUUCUGAUUCGGUCAAGAAGCUACAAGCGCAACUGGCAAUCGUUGAGGGCGAUCCAUAUAAAAAAGAUGAACGUUUGAAACUAAUAGACCUUUUUGAUUCUAUUAAAAUGUCAAAUAAUGAUGACUUCAACUAUGCUUGGACAGAGUACACAAAACUAUUCUAUCUUUCAGGGGACCAAAUUGAAAAAUCCUUUAAUUCUGCUCUAGCACUAGAUGAAAAAUACCAGGAUAAUGUGAUAACAAAGGGGAUCUUGAGUAUACUGCUGGACACACAACCAAGCUUCAAAGUCUUUGAGCUUUAUUUCAAAUUCUUAUUAGAUCAUAAAUCAGAUGAGUUAUCAGAUCACUACAUAAUCAAAGAAGUUUUCAUCAAGAACAUUCAAUACCAUUUCGAUAGAAGCCAUGAAAUCUGGGAUCAAAUUGUCAAUUUUUUAGAAAGCAAUUAUGGUACAGAUGAAAACCAACUAAACUUCAUCAAGGCAUUAUACCAAGAAAGACUUCAAGUUCCACAUAAGACAAUUCAAAAUACGUUUUCCACAUAUUCCUCAUUCAUAACAAAAUAUUUUAAUCAAGAUUACAAUUCAGAGAUGUCAAAAGCAAGUAAAUUGUUUGAAAAGACAAAACCUGAUCAAUGGGAAAUUGAAGCAUUAGAACUUAAAAAGUCAAAUUAUGAAAAUCCAAGUGAUUUUUGGGUUGACUACUUGAAUUACUGGGCCUCAAAACCUAAAAAACAGAGAAGUCUCAAACCGAUCAAAGCUGUUUUCCAAAGAGCUGCAGAUGAAUCCUUAGAUGAUUCUUACAUCAAAGUUUGGCUAAGAUUUUUCAUUAUUUUGUAUGAAAAUGGUGCAUUUGAAGAUGACACUAUACCAUAUGCUAAGAAUUUUAUUAAAUCAUUCCCAUCAUCGCCACUAUCAUAUUCUGAGCUGUUCAAAAAUAUUCAAUCUGAUCUGAUGUAUACUGAUUUAUAUCAAAGCUCUAUGAAAAGAAUAAAUUCAUUAAAUGUUCUACACACUGAAAGUUAUCAGGAAUGGUCCGCGCUUGCUAUAUCCAUACUGGUUUAUGAACUAAAGAGUGUCCAAGAUGGAAAUAUAGAUCUUGCUGAACAGUUAUUAGACCAUCUUGAUAAAUUCUUUCAUCACGCCCUUGAUAAAUGUCCAGAUGUUUACCACUCAGUUGAAAGACUUUGUGUUUCUAUUGCAGAAAGUGUUGAAGAAGUUGAUUUGUGCAGAGAGUUUUUAAAAUCAAUUACUGGAAAAUUUGCUUCAGAAGCAGAAAAUUGGUUACUUUCUCACAAUUUUGAAAAGAAACAUGGUGAUUCAAAAUCUGCUUCGAAAAUAUUGUUAGCAGCUAUAAAUAGAGCAACCAUUCUAGACUGGCCAGAAAGAAUAUUUGAGGAAGCACUAUUAUAUGAAAGAGUACAUGGUGAUUCUGAUAGUUAUAAGUCAUUGCUUGUCAAAAUUGAUAAGAAAUCACAAGAAUUACAAAUAAUUAGACAACAAGCAAUCAAUGAUGUUGAUUCUAUUGAGCCAGAAGCUGUUAAUAAUGAUGAGGUGGCUCAUGCUAAAAGAAAAGCUGACGAUGUUGAAGAUGCUGAAGAUAUUGAUCAAAAUAAGAAACAAAAGACAGAUUCACAUAGAGAUCGUGAACACUUAACAAUUUCUGUCAAGAACAUUCCACUCAAAAUUAAUCAAAAACAAAUUCUCAGUUUCUUCAAGGAAUGUGGUGAGAUUACUGAUUCAAAUCUCAUAGAGCAUGAAGGAUACAUGCAUGCUAAGUUAGAAUUCGCCAACGAAGAAUCUUUACUCAAAGCUUUAACAAAAGAUCAUAAAAGAUUCCAUGGAUCUGAGCUUAAAGUUGAAAAGGCUUAUCAAACCGUUGUUUGGGUAGCCAAUUUCCCACCUUCAAGUACAAAGGAUGACAUACAUGCUCUUUUCUCUCCAAUUGGUAAGCUGGCUGGUAUCAGGUUCCCUUCUCUCAAAUUUAAUUCGCAACGUCGUUUCUGUUAUGUCGAGUAUCUUGAGUCUAAAGAUGCACAGAGAGCUGUUGAGCAAUUAUCUGGUUUUGAAAAGGAUGGUUAUAAUCUUGUUGUCAAAAUAUCUAAUCCUGAAUCAAAAGAAGCUAGAAAGGGGGCUGUCGAAGAAGGAAGAGAAGUUUAUGUUGCAAAGCUUGAUUUUUAUAGAGCAACAAGUGAAAAAUUAAAAGAACUUUUUUCAAAAUUUGGUACAGUUGAAAGAGUUCAUCUUCCUAGAAGUGAACAAAGCAAAGCUCAAAACAAAAAACAUGAUGGUUAUGGUUUUGUCACAUUUACAACGCCAGAAGAAGCACAAUCGUCACUCAAUCUCAAUCUUGUGUCAUUUGAAGGUCGUGUUAUAGAAGUCUCAAUAUCCAAGAAGAAAUCUGAAAGAGUUCAUACAAAAGAAGUAAGCGGAAUAGAUAAAUACAAAAAUUCAGAAAAUUCAAUUGCCAUUUUGGAUCUACCUGAUACAAUUAAUGCUUCGCAUAUUUCUAAAAUUUGCUCUGAGGCUGGUGAGGUUGAAGAUGUGAUACUUGAACCUGAACAUCGAGGUGCAAUCGUUGUUUUCAAAGACUCUAGGACUGCUGGUAGUGCUUCUUUGAAAUUGAAUGGAAAAACUACGGGGAUCUCGAAUUACAACCUUAAAGUUGGUACUGUGAAAAAAUUAGCUCCAUACAAAGCUCCGCCUAAACCAAUCACGAAUAAUAAAGCUCAAAGAUCUCUAGUCCCUUCUUCUUUGAGAAGAAAACCAAAAUCCACAAGACCUGCAGUCCUCUCUACCUCAAAACCAAAAGUUGAAUCUAAUGAUUCUAAUCAACAAUUACCAGAGACUACAUCGCGCUCUAAUGAUGAUUUUAGAGCUAUGUUUUUGUCAGGAAAAAAAUGA